UGGUGGCCCGCGACACCCAUGUGUCACUGAUCAGGAGGCAUUUCCAGUCGCAGCGCUUCAUGACCCAGCGACGUCCGGCCCAGUGAAGCCACCGUGGUGUGCAGGUGUCCGGCAUGGCCGCGCUGCUCCUGGGCGCGGUGCUGCUGGUGGCCCAGCUCCAGCUCGUGCCUUCGCGCCCCUCCCCGCCGAGGGCCGAGCAGGACCAGCAGGAGCUGGGGCGGAAGGCGGCCCCACUCCGAGACGAGGGCCCCAAUGGCGCGGCGGCCAACGGCUCCGCGCAGCAGCUGCCUCAGACCAUCAUCAUCGGCGUGCGCAAGGGCGGCACGCGCGCGCUGCUGGAGAUGCUCAGCCUGCAUCCCGACGUGGCGGCCGCCGAGAACGAGGUGCACUUCUUCGACUGGGAGGAGCACUACAGCCAGGGCCUGGGCUGGUACCUCCGCCAGAUGCCCGUGUCCGCCCCGCACCAGCUCACGGUGGAGAAGACCCCCGCGUACUUCACGUCGCCCAAAGUGCCUGAGCGGGUCCACAGCAUGGACCCGGGCAUCCGGCUGCUGCUCAUCCUGCGGGACCCGUCGGAGCGCGUGCUGUCCGACUACACGCAGGUGCUGUACAACCACCGGCAGAAGCGCAAGCCCUACCCGCCCAUCGAGCAGCUGCUGCUGCGGUCGGACGGCCGUCUGGACGCGGACUACAAGGCGCUCAACCGCAGCCUCUACCACGUGCACCUGCGCCACUGGCUGCGCUUCUUCCCGCUGCGCCGCAUCCACGUCGUCGAUGGCGACCGCCUCAUCAGGGACCCCUUCCCCGAGAUCCAGAAGGUCGAGAGGUUCCUGAAGCUGUCGCCGCAGAUCAACGCCUCGAACUUCUACUUUAACAAAACCAAGGGCUUUUACUGCCUGCGGGACGGCGGCAGGGACCGCUGCUUACACGAGUCCAAAGGCCGGGCGCACCCCCAGGUCGACCCCAAACUGCUCAAUAAACUGCACGAAUAUUUUCACGAGCCCAAUAAGAAAUUCUUCGAGCUCGUCGGCAGAACAUUUGACUGGCACUGAUUUGCAAUAAGCUAGGCUCGGAACCUUUCCUACUGUAAGUUCUGCUGUACGUCUGGGGGAGGGGAAAGAAUUUUAAAAGGGCAUUUAAGCUAUAAUUUAUUUGUAAACUCCAUAAAUUACUUCUGUACAGUAUUAGAUUCACAAUUGCCAUAUAUACUAGUUAUAUUUUUCUACUUGUUAAAUUGAGGGCAUUUUGUAUUGUUUUUCAUGGUUGUUAACAUUGUGUAAUAUGUCUCUCUAUGAAGGCACUAAAAGAUUUCACUGCAAAAAAAAAAAAAAAAUUCUGGAGACGCUAUCUUUUUUGAAUAUAAUUAACUUGCCCC